UGUAAUCUUUCCCAGGACCUUCUUAAAGCGGUGAUCAUAGGAAAAUUGCUGCUACGACUUAGAAAACAGAGAAAGAGCUGACAAUUAUUCGAGAUUACACAGUUUCAGUGUGAUUUAAUUUCUUGUUAGGACCUGUGUUCUUAUGUUAAGUUACCCCACUACAGCUUGUGUUUUCUGAAAUCACUACAACAACUCAACCGGCUUACUAUUUGGUACUUGCUGGGUGGGCAUUAUCCCCAUUCCCCGGCUAGUUAGUUAGCUAGCUAGCUUAAAGUGCUAAGUUAGCUAGCUAGCUAACUAACGUGAAUUGCCGCUGUCCGGCCGUUAGCGACCAGUAUUCCCCGCAGCAUUCGAAUUGACUGGUGUCAACUCUUCUAAAAGCUGUUUGUUCAUCUGCAGUCAGCCAUGGAGAAAGAUGCUUGUGUAGAACAGAAGAAUGGUGAUGCUGCUGUGGACCAACAACCUGCAGCUACAGCUCCUUUCAGAUACUCUAAGGAAGAGCUUCUGGAAAUAAAAGAACUGCCAAUCUCCAAUGAAAGGCCUGAAUGUCUCUCUGAGAAAUAUGAUAGUGAUGGUGUCUGGGACCCUGAGAAAUGGCACGCCUCACUCUAUCCCACCUCAGAGCGAAGCUCUCCAGUAGAAGGUUUUAAAAAGGACUACAUGGAUGACAGAGUACCUUUAAAACGAAGAAUCCCAGAUCCUCGCGAGCGGUUAAAGGAGGAUGAUCUGGACGUCGUUUUGAGCCCACAGCGCCGUAGCUUUGGAGGUGGAUGUCAAGGCAAUGCUGCACCUGCACCCCACAGCCGUCGCCCAAUUAGCCCCCUGGAAAACAAAGAAAACGAGAGUCUCCGUCUAGGAGGGGCCCGCAGAAUCGGCAGUGGGCGCAUAAUUCCUGCACGUGUCUUUGAGAGAGAAGCUCGUGCUGAGAAAGAACGGGAGCGUGAGAGAGACUUUAAGGAUAAGAGAUUCAGGAGGGAUUUUGGAGACAAACGUGUGUUUAGUGAAAGGAGAAGAAAUGACUCGUAUGCAGAAGAAGAGCCAGAGUGGUUUUCUGGGGGUCCCACCAGCCAGUCGGAGACAAUUGAGCUUAUUGGAUUUGAUGACAAGAUCCUGGAAGAUGAUAAACGCAGAACCAAGCGAUCAAGGAAGAGAACGGAAUCUUUGAAGGAAGUGGUGGAAUGUAAUGGUGGACAGACUGAGCAAGGUCUGCAGUCUACUGCUGAUCAGGAAGUUCCCCACCCUGACGUUCUGCCAGAGCAGUCAGGCGGAGACUUCGACUUCAAUGAAUUCUUCAAUCUAGAGAAGACGAUGCCGGGACUGGCCUCUAUGAUCGAGGAAGUUUUAGGGGAGGGCCCUGCAUCAGCCAGUCGCUUUAGUCAGUGGUUCUCCAGUAACCUGAGCCCGUCAGGCAGCCGGUCCAGCAGUCUGAGGUCCACUCCUCAUGAAGAGCUGGAAAAACUAGCUGGUCUAGAGCCUCACUGCACAUCUCCCAGCCAGUGCCCUGCCUCAUACUUCACACCUAUUCAACCGUCGGACUGCAAGGAGAAGGUGGACAUCCUGGAGCUGUUGCACAAAGCCAAAAUAGACCUGAAGCCUCUUCUUUCCACCCUCUCGGUCAACAAGGCUCGGCUACGGGAAGGCAGUGAGUCCCUUUUCAUGGAUCAGACAACUCACUCUGGCGUGGUGCUCUCAUUGGAGGAGGUGGAGGGAGAGAUGAAGGGAAUGAAGCUUAGCGCAGAACCACAUGUGCGAAAGGUGCCACCUCCUCAAAGGGGAAAUGGUACACCCUUCAUGGCUGAGCAUUUAGAGGAGGCGCUAACUGGCGGCCCUAGUGCCCAUCCACGUUCACGUGACUCAGACAUGUCGGCCUUUAAUAAACUGGUCAGCAGCAUGAAGGCAAGUGGAACUCUGCCAACUCACCCAAAAACCAACACAAACAAUCAGAAGCAUUCAGACCAGUCUGUGGGGACACGUUCUGACCAAGUACCUGCUCAGCAACAGAAAAACAUAUUUCAGGAGCUCUUGGGAGUCCGUAGUAGCUCCCCGACCCAGCUUGGCAGUCUGCUGGGCAGCUCUGAGACCCCAGCGACUUCUGCGCCUCUACAUGGCUUACUGCACAAGGGCCCUUCACCCCCUGUCUUUCUACAGACGGCACCUUCACCCGACUACUUCAAUAGUCGGUUGCAACCUUCUGCAGGGUUUCCUGUUGGCCAUCAGCCCAUGCUGCCAGAACAGUUUGAUGUACACAGAUCUAUGAGCCCUGGAUCUGCUGCACAGCAACAGAUGAGGGCAAUCUCUUUGUCCGUGAAUCAAGCAGACCUGGAUGCUCUGGCAUUCCAGCAGGACCUUGCUCUACAUGCUCACCACUCCUUCCAGCCAGGCUACAAACAACCACAGGACAAGUCUUUUCGAAAUAGGCCACAGCGUGUCAAUCGCUCACCUGGCCCUCAGUCUGCUGGAAGAAACUCUCCAGGCAAUGCUGUCACCAGCAUGUUGUCACCAUCCUUUACACCAACAUCUGUGAUCCGCAAAAUGUAUGCAACAAAAGAUAAAAGCAGGGAUGAACCCAUGGGUCGUUCAGAGACCAAGGAGGAGACGGCAACACACUCUCAAGAUGACAGAAACUCCCCAAAUCUAUACCUGGAAACAAUGGAUGGGAGUGUUGCUCAGUCAGGAGGAGUAAAGACUGGGUCACAGACCUUACCAAGCAAGGAACAAGAGCGUGUCAGGCCCGGCUCUGCUGGACACCAUGCACCUGCUAUGGUGCCUUCAGGACCAUCCUCAUCUUUCCCUCGUCCUGUUUACCCGGUACCGCUGCUAUCUCAUGUACCUAUGGUACGCCCUCCUCCCCAGCUUCACCCUAAUAUGGUUCAACGAAUGCUGGCACAGGGUAUCCAGCCCCAGCAGCUUGGACCUGCUCUUGUGCAAGCAGGUAUAUUUCCACCACAUGUUGACCUUGCACAACUUCAAGGCUUGCCUCCUGCCCUGCUUGGACAACCGCUGUACCCUCUAAGUGCAGCAGGGCAUCCACUUCUACCUCCCAGAACCAAUACUCAGAUGCAGUUAGCAGUAAUGCAGCAGCAACUUCAACAACACAGACCAAUGCAUCAGAACGUCCCAGGCACUCAGGCACAGAGCCAUGGCCCCCACCGGACAAAUGGCUCCCAGCGUCACGGGAGCAGCCCUCCUCUAGGUCUCGCCAAGUGGUUUGGGACAGAUGUGCUUGAGCAGCCCCUCCCCUCUAUGCCAGCCAAGGUGAUAAGUGUAGAUGAACUGGAAUUCCGGCCAUAAUAAAAACACUGUGCUGGAAAGCAUUUUUUUUUUUUUUUUUUUUUUUUCUCUUUUGCCCAUCUCCACCAUCUACUUACUGUGAUAAUGUGAACUUUAAUUUUGAAGACGGUGCACAGAAUAGAACAUUUAAACCAUGUCAUGCUUUGUCUUCAACCUUGAAGCCACUGAAUUUUGAAGAGGCGAGUGAUGGAGAUUUGGUUUGCCAGCUGAGUUUUUUUUUUUUUUUUGUAUUAGCACAGUAAAUAAUAAUGUAUAGCCCCAGUUGUACAGACCAUGGGAAAAAUCUUAUUCUGUAUAUAGCUAUCGUGUUCCUCUUUUUUUUUCUUUUCUUUUUGUUUUGGGAUGGGUAGGGUGAAACAAUCCUCCAGUUCAACUGAAAACUGUGAGAGACAAAGUCACCAAGAGCUGGUAGCAUUUCCUUGUUGUGUCUACCUUAACCCCUCCCCCCUGAACUACGGAGAGUAAGGGCCACUGCUGAUGAGACAUUUUGGGUUGAUGAGCGACUUUGGGGCAUGUUCCUGUGGCUAGUGGCCCUUGUCUGUUGAAGUUGAGCAUUUCGAGACACCUCUGGGGGAUGCAGCGAGCUGGUUGUGCCUUUGUGUUUUUUGUUUUGUUCUUUUCCUUUAACUGUAUCCUCUCCAAUCCUACUUGUCACUAGGGGGGCAGCACUGCUCACACUGUCUUUGAGGGUGGUUGGGAUUCAGUUUUUGUGUGCUACUAAGUUAUAUAAAGCACAAAUACAAUAAAUAAAAUCUUGAGUAUAA